CGGAGUAGCUUUGUCCAGAGCUCACUUUGAAAAGCAACCACCCUCCAACUUGAGGAAAUCCAAUUUCUUUCACUUUGUUCUGGCUCUCUACGACAGACAGGGGCAGCCCGUGGAAAUAGAGAGGACAGCUUUUGUGGACUUUGUAGAAAAUGAUAAAGAGCAAGGCAAUGAAAAGACGAACAACGGCACGCACUACAAACUCCAGCUCCUCUACAGCAGUGGUGUCAGGACUGAACAGGAUCUGUACGUUAGACUCAUUGAUUCAGUCACUAAGCAGCCCAUAACUUAUGAAGGACAGAACAAGAACCCCGAAAUGUGCCGAGUUUUGCUUACCCACGAAGUCAUGUGCAGUCGGUGCUGUGAGAAGAAAAGUUGUGGCAACAGAAAUGAGACUCCAUCUGACCCCGUGAUCAUUGACAGAUUCUUCUUAAAAUUUUUUCUCAAGUGCAAUCAGAAUUGCUUGAAAACAGCAGGAAACCCAAGAGAUAUGAGGCGGUUCCAGGUCGUGCUGUCAACAACAGUGAAUGUGGAUGGGCACGUCCUGGCAGUGUCUGACAACAUGUUUGUGCACAACAACUCCAAGCACGGACGGAGAGCGAGGAGACUUGACCCCUCAGAAGCCACACCGUGCAUCAAAGCGAUCAGCCCGAGCGAAGGCUGGACCACGGGGGGAGCCAUGGUGAUCAUUAUUGGAGACAACUUCUUCGAUGGGCUGCAAGUUGUGUUUGGAACCAUGCUGGUGUGGAGUGAGCUCAUCACGCCCCACGCCAUCCGAGUUCAGACACCUCCACGCCACAUUCCCGGGGUGGUGGAAGUGACAUUAUCAUACAAGUCCAAGCAGUUCUGCAAAGGAGCACCAGGCAGGUUUAUUUACACAGCUUUAAAUGAACCAACCAUAGAUUACGGUUUCCAAAGACUGCAGAAGGUCAUCCCAAGACAUCCUGGUGACCCUGAAAGGCUAGCUAAG